AUGCCUUCGCUUGACAUUUUCAACGAGCACCCGAUAGCCCCGACCAAUGGCGUCAGCGGUAUCGGACCGGUCGACGACCCUCACGGCGUGACGGAGAUGAACAACAAGGCCAGGUCACGAGCCAAUGGCUCGCGGCGCCCACACACGCCAACCAACACCAUGGCCUUGACCGACUACAGCGUCAACCCAUCCACGCCCUCGGACGAGAAGCGCCAGAGCAUCAAGGAGAUUGUCCCCGAGGACUACCUGCUGCCCAACGGGCAUCCAGAUUACCUUCGCCUCAUUGCCAGCGCAACCUCCCGCGUCUACGAAGCAUGCAAGCAGACCGACCUGACUCACGCCAUCAACCUCAGCAACCGCCUCGAAUGCCAAGUCCUCCUCAAGCGCGAAGACCAGCAGCCAGUGUUCAGCUUCAAAUUGCGCGGCGCGUACAAUAAAAUGGCACAUUUGGACCCCAAGAAGAGCUGGCGGGGCGUCGUCUGCUCGUCAGCGGGCAACCACGCCCAGGGCGUAGCCUACUCCGCUCGCAAGCUCAGAAUCCCCGCGACCAUCAUCAUGCCCGAGGCGACGCCUGCCAUCAAACACUUGAACGUAUCGAGACUUGGUGGGCACGUCGUGUUGCAUGGGCAAGAUUUUGACGCAGCCAAGGAGGAGUGCGCGAGGCGGGUGAAGGAGGGUGGCCUGAUCAACAUCCCGCCCUUUGACGAUCCGUAUGUCAUUGCUGGACAAGGCACUAUCGGAAACGAGCUUUUUGGUCAAACAAACAUGGCCAAGGUCGAUGCUAUUUUCUGCUGUGCAGGAGGCGGUGGCUUGAUAGCCGGUAUCGGACUCUACGUGAAGAGAAUGGCGCCUCACGUCAAAAUUAUCGCAGUGGAAGCUUCAGAGGCCAAUGCCUUGGCGCAGUCCAUGAAGGCUGGACACCGUGUGGUGUUGAAGAGCGUUGGACUCUUCGCCGAUGGCGCAGCCGUCAAGACAUUGGGCGAGGAGACGUUCCGCAUCUGCAAAGAGGUCGUCGACGAGGUUGUCGAGGUCUCGACGGAUGAGAUCUGCGCCGCCAUCAAAGACAUGUACGACGACACACGGUGCAGCUUGGAGCCGGCCGGCGCCCUGUCCAUUGCUGGCCUGAAGAAGUACAUGCACACGCACCCGGCCAGCGACCCCAAGAGGCAGAUGAUUGCAGUCACGUCCGGCGCAAACAUGGACUUUGACCGUCUACGUUUCGUCGCCGAGCGUGCUUCUGUUGGCAGCGGCAAGGAGGCUCUGCUUCAUGUCCGCAUCCCCGAACGACCGCAAGCGUUCGCAGAGCUGGUCGACACCAUCAUGGGCAGCCCGGUCACCGAGUUCUCCUACCGAUAUGCGACAGAAGACAUUGCCAAUGUUAUCUUUGGUCUAUCGCUGGUGAGUCCCCCCAACGAGCGGGUGAAGGAGUUGAAGAACAUACUUGGCCGCAUCCGAGAGGAAGGCUUCAACGUCGAGGACAUAUCGCAGGACGAGCUCGCCAAGAGCCACAUGCGGUAUCUCGUUGGCGGCGUUUCCGGCGUGCAGCACGAGCGCCUGUACAUGUUCAACUUCCCGGAGCGGCCGCGUGCCCUGGAGAAGUUCCUGACGGUGUUGAGGCCCCGCUUCAACAUUUCACUCUUCCAUUAUCGGAACUCGGGCGGUGACAUUGCCAAGAUUCUCACCGGCAUCAUCUGCCCAGACGAGAAUCUCGACGAGCUGGAGGAUUUCCUGAGAGAGAUCGGAUACCCAUACGAGGACUGCACGAACUCGCGGCUCUUCAGGACGUUCUUGCGACAGGAGAAGCUUGUCAACGUUUGA